CCUCGACGUUGUAAUCAACCAGCAUUUGUAGUGUUUGCAAUUAAUAGCGCAGCGCGCCAUUUCGAUCAGCGUUUCGGAAUUCGUCAGACAUGGGGCAAUACAUCCGAAUUUCAACAACGAAUUCGUAUUGCUAAUUUAUGGAGAUUAAUCUUUAUUGUUGGACGUACUGGUAAUAUUAAAAUAGAUCGACGUGUAGAUGAAGAAGCUCGACUAUUUGGCGAUUUAGUAAUUACUGAUUUAAUCGAACAUCAUCAUGUCUUAACUGAGAAGACAAUACUAGGCAUGUAUUGGGCGCGCCGCUACUGCCAGACACAAUUUUAUUACAAGGGCGAUGAUGAUGUCUGGAUUAAUAAAUGGCGUCUAUUUGAUUAUUUAGUAACACUAAGUCUUAGGCCUACAGUUAAUCCAAGUCAUUGUUGGAUUGGAUUCGUUUCAACAAUGAAUCGUAUCCCGAUACGCGAUAAAAGUAGUAAAUACUACAUUUCUUAUGAUAAUUAUCCAAUGGAUAAGUUCGCACCAUAUUGUUCCGGCUUUGGUUAUUUUAUGACUGGUCAGACUGCCGAUCGACUAAUCUGGGCUAUACCUUAUGUGCAAAAAAUACCCGGCCUUGAUGAUGUCUACAUUGGUUUAUUAGCUAAUGUCACUCAUGUCGAGCCUACACAUAACGAUAAUUUCCAU